AUGCAGAAAUUCGACAACUGUGUUGUUCUCACCAGAGUUGGGGGGUUCUACGAGCUCUACUUUGAACAGGCUGAAGAGCUUGCGCCAUUGUUGAAUAUAAAGCUUGCAAGCAAAAAGACCAGCGCAGGGCCAGUGCCGAUGGCAGGCUUCCCUUUCUUCCAGCUCGAUCGGUUCCUCAAAAUUCUCGUUCAAGACCUUAAUAGAUACGUGGCUAUAAGCGAAGAGUUUGCGAUCGGUGAAGAAGAGAAAAUGCGCCCUGGCGGGCUGCUAUUUGAUCGGAAAGUGGCCAGGAUUAUCAGUCCUGGUACAUUGAUCGAUGAAAAGUUCAUCGACCCUUCUGAGAACAAUUUCCUGCUGGCCAUAUAUCUAGAUAUUCCCUGUUUGGAAGCACAGUCAAAGCAACAGGCCGAUAAUCCGUCUUCACCGCACAUAUUGUCCACUGGCCCUCAAAGCGUAGGACUGUCGUGGCUGGAUUUAUCCACAGGUGAUUUCUUCACCCAGCUAACAACGACGCAAAUGCUUCCAUCUGCCAUUGCCCGAAUCGGUGCCCGAGAAAUUCUUGUGGACCAGAACGUCCAGGAUAUCAUCGGACAAGAAUUACAACUCUUGGUCGGGCAGGAGCACCGGCUUGUCACUUUCUUCCGAUUUCCCAGCUCGAUCGCACCGAUGUCAGAAUGGGAUGCAAUGCUGGACGCUCCGAUUCCUGAAGAAAGCCACACAUCUUUCACACGAGAAGAGGUGGCUGCAGGUUACAGCUUGCUAGAAUACGUUCGUGUACAGUUGCAGCGGUCUGAUCUCAAGCUCCAGCCUCCGCGAAGACGGCAUCUUGAUGAAUCGAUGAGUAUUGACCGCAAUAGUCUAAGAGGACUCGAAAUCUUAGAAACCGCUCGAGAUGGAUUUGGAAAGGGCAGCUUACUCCACGCGGUUCGCAGAACAAGUACCAAAAGUGGUGCACGCCUUCUGCGGGACAGACUGACUUCCCCGUCUACUUCACUUCAGGUUAUCAAUGGGCGCCUCGACUUAGUCUCUGUUUUCAUUGGAAAUGAAAAUCUUCGUGAGAGCGUGGUACAACUGUUGAAACGAAGCUAUGACUCCCAGCGUCUGGUUCAAAAAUUUGCCCUUGGCAGAGGAGAUGCAGAUGACUUGAUUUGUCUUUCCCGCGCCACCGAAGCGUCCAAAGGCGUCAAACAGGUCCUGUCUGACCACAUGAGGCUCUUAUCUGCCACUGGAAAUUCUGAGGCUCAGCGCAGCCUCGAAUUCGUGGUUUCACGACUUCGUCUUGACGGGCCUUUGGCCCUGGCAGAGCGCAUACUUGCAGCGAUUGAUGAAGAAGGUCUACUUCAGAAACAGCGCAUCGAGGAUAGUACAGCUGCCGAAGCAGCGAGCUUGGCUCAAGAGGUCACCUUGAAUGAGGGCACAUCGAGUGAUAUGGAGUCUUUGCCCAAGAAAGUGCGGACGAAAGUGCCUGAGCGGGCCGCAGCGACAGAUCCUGACUCUGGUCCAGUCGAAACGUGGAUCAUGAGACGUGAUGCUAGCAGGAUUUUGAACAGUCUUCACGAAGAUUUAGAGCACCUUGUAAAGGACAAGUCUGACCUCACACAGCGGCUUCGGGAUACAGUGGGGUCUACGUCCUUGAAUCUCAAAUGGACUCCCGGUCUGGGUCAUAUCUGCCAUGUCAAAGGUGCCAAAAUCUCCCAGCGGGCUAUCGAGGACUUAGGAGUUACUCGGAAUGUCUCUUCAACCAAAUCGACUCGCUCAUUCUACCUCCCUGCAUGGACAGAACUGGGAAACAAGAUGGACCACAUCAAGAUUCGGAUUCGCCAGGAAGAGCAGGCAAUUUUCGAACGUCUUCGUCGGGAAGUUAUUUUAAAUUUGGUCAAGAUUCGCCGCAACGCCGCAGUCAUGGACGAGUUGGACGUCGCCUGUUCAUUUGCCACGCUGGCCCAGGAGCAACAAAUGGUUCGACCAAUCCUGAAUGACGGAAGGACGCACAAAAUCGUGGGAGGAAGACAUGCCACAGUCAAACUUGGUCUUGAGGAGCAGGGACGCUCGUUCGUGAGCAAUGAUUGCUUCCUCGGUGAAAAGGAGCAGAUAUGGCUUAUCACUGGUCCUAACAUGGCCGGCAAAAGUACAUUCCUUCGGCAGAACGCGUUGAUCACGAUCCUCGCCCAGAUCGGGUCUUACGUACCUGCAGCUUACGCCGAGAUCGGAAUAGUCGAUCAGAUCUUCAGUCGUAUAGGUGCAGCCGAUGAUCUAUUCCGCGACCAGUCGACAUUCAUGGUGGAGAUGCUUGAGACAGCUGCCAUAUUGAAGCAAGCCACGCCGCGUUCUUUUGUAAUCAUGGACGAAGUUGGCCGAGGCACAACCCCCGAGGACGGCACUGCUGUUAGCUUUGCCUGUCUUCACCAUUUACAUUAUCACAAUCAGAGUCGCACCCUCUUCGCGACUCACUUCCAUGGGCUCGCGGAUAUGACGCAAAACUUUGAACGUCUCGAGAGGUACUGUACAGAUGUGAAGGAGUCGCCAUCGGGGGCAUUCUCGUUUGUUCAUCGCCUCCGGAAGGGUGUCAACCGCGAGUCGCAUGCCCUCAAGGUGGCUCAGCUAGCGGGUCUCCCCCGAGAAACUAUCGACCUGGCCACCCGUGUCCGCCAGGAGAUGAAGGACAAGAUGGCCUCUCAUCGAGCCUUUGACGAGGACCAGCCUGUCUCACCUGGAGCAUAA